GUACCGGAAGAGGCGGGUACGGCCGCGCUCCGUGCGUCGGGCGCUAUGCUGCUGUGGCGGCGCUUGGCGGCCCUGAGGGGCGAGCGAGCCCCGCGGCGGCUCCGAGGCGGGGGACCGGGAUCGGGACCUGGAUCUGGAUCUGGAUCGCGACCGGGACCGGGACCAGGGCCAGGACCAGGACCAGGAGCGGGACCGGGACCGGGACCGGGACCGGGGCAAACCAGCGAUGGCAGCGGUGCUUCUCGGCCGCUUUACAUGGAUGUCCAGGCCACCACCCCGCUGGAUCCCAGAGUCCUGGACAGCAUGCUCCCAUACCUGACAGCCUACUAUGGCAACCCCCACUCCAGGACCCACGCCUACGGCUGGGAGAGCGAGGCUGCCAUGGAGAAAGCGAGGCGGCAAGUUGCAAAUUUAAUAGGAGCUGAUUCGCGGGAAAUUAUAUUUACCAGUGGUGCAACAGAAUCCAAUAAUAUGGCAAUUAAGGGUGUUGCAAGGUUCUAUAAAGCCAGAAAAAAGCAUAUCAUUACUACGCAAACAGAGCACAAGUGUGUGUUGGAUUCUUGUCGUUCCCUGGAAACAGAAGGUUUUCACAUCACAUAUCUACCUGUUAAAAAAAAUGGGCUCAUAGACCUGAAGGAGCUGGAGGCUGCAUUCCAGCCUGAUACAAGUUUGGUUUCUGUAAUGACUGUAAAUAAUGAAAUAGGAGUAAAGCAGCCAAUUCAUGACAUUGGUGAGAUCUGCCGUGCACAUAAGGUUUUCUUCCACACGGAUGCUGCACAAGCAAUUGGUAAAAUUCCUAUGGAUGUCAACAACAUGAAAAUUGACCUAAUGAGCAUCAGUGGCCAUAAAAUCUAUGGGCCCAAAGGGGUUGGUGCUCUCUAUGUUCGCCGUCGACCACGUGUCAGGCUAGAACCCCUGCAGAGUGGGGGAGGCCAGGAGAGAGGACUGCGGUCUGGGACUGUGCCCACACCUCUGGCAGUGGGACUGGGGGCAGCAUGUGAAGUGGCACAGCAAGAGAUGGAGUAUGACCAUAAGCGAAUCUCACAAUUGGCACAACGACUGGUUACGAAAAUAAUGAGUGAAGUUCCUGAUGUGGUGAUGAAUGGAGAUCAAGAGCAUCGCUAUCCAGGAUGCAUCAAUUUAUCUUUUGCAUAUGUGGAAGGGGAGAGUCUUCUGAUGGCUCUGAAAGAUGUGGCUCUGUCUUCAGGAAGUGCUUGCACAUCAGCUUCUCUGGAGCCUUCCUAUGUUUUGCGGGCAAUUGGAACAGAUGAAGACUUGGCUCACUCAUCUAUAAGGUUUGGCAUUGGUCGUUUCACUACAGAAGAAGAAGUGGAUUAUACAGUGCAGAAGUGCAUACAGCAUGUGAAGAGGUUGAGGGAAAUGAGCCCUCUCUGGGAAAUGGUGCAGGAUGGAAUUGACCUCAAAAGCAUUAAAUGGACUCAGCACUGAGAAAACAUUGCUAUCCAUGGACUAGAUAUAGAUUAAAAUGCAUUUUUCUGUACAGUCUUGAGCAAAUUAUGCAGCACUUCUGUUUUCUGACACUGCAGUUUGACCAGAGAACUACUCUUUCAGACCACAAAAUCUAAGAAGCCAAAAAUAAAACUGGUUUUUAUCAUGGAGAAAGGGAGGCUGAUCCAACACCCACUGUGUUUCUAUUGACACACAGAAAUUUAUGUGUAAUUUAUUCAGAAAUGUAUUUUCUAAUGUGAAAAUUAAAUCAGCAUGUUACUCCCAGGCCAGUGAAUUCUGGCAAGAGGUUGCUUCCCGGUGUAAUUCAUCCCAAGUCACUGUUGUGUUUGCACCACAGACCUGUUGCCAAUUUGUUCUGUUUGAUGUGGGUAUCCUGCAACAUCAGCUGGGUUUUGCCUCUCAAAUGCCUUGUAUUGCAAGAAAUUUUCAGAUAGGAGGACACUUGGAUCUCUAGAGGAAAGCCAUGCCUCAGUGUGGCUAUGUGCCUUCACAGAUAAGUUUUAUGUGUAGUUAAGAACAACUUUUUUCUGAAAUUGAGUAUUUUUGGCUUAUUUUCCUUGGGGUUUUUUGUGUGUGUAUGUGCAUUAAUUCAAAAGAUUCUUCUGUGUUCCAGAGUUUAUGAUACAAUCAUGAUGCACUUUGCUGUCCCCUCCAUUGGGUUUUUUCCAUGCAAUUUUUUUCUCAGUGAGGAUAGAAAACUUGAAUGACUGGGGGAGGGGAUAAGCAGAAUAUGUUAGCUUUGUGGCAGCACCAGUUUGGUGAGAGCAUGAGUGGUAGAGGUGGUGGGGAGAGCAGAUACAGUGCAAUGUCUUAAGGCAGUCUGGGGUUUUGGGGUUUUUUUCUUGGGUUUUUUUUCUCCCCUUGUCAUGAGACCUUUGUUGUUACUUGGUUUGCCUGUGGGCCCUUGGUUUCUGUCACUGCAAGGAGUCUGCCCAGCUCAGCCAGUGUAUUUUGUCUGGAGAUAGGAAAGGUAAGAACGCUGGGCACUGAAGUUUUCUGUUUUCUUUGUCUCACAGACUGUACUGUCUGACUAGAGAUUCUCACAGGAAUCCAUUCCCUGCACAUGCUGGGGGAAGUAUCUGUUAAAAAGGGUUUGAUGAGAUUAAUUUUUAUCAGUGUUUUUCCUUUCUUACCUUUGGUGAUCUUUCCAGUAAGAAACUGAACCCUGUAUGGCAAAGUGCCUUUUUUUCAGUGCAUAAACAAAGAGCUCCCAAAUUAGUUGUGUUGAUUGCUGGAUGCUGUGUUAGCUGCUGAAUUUGGUAUACCCCAUAGACAAUAUGUUCAUCUUCAGAUUGGGAUGGAAUCUACCUCGAGGAUCAACCGUGUCGUGUAAAAGCUGAAGCUGAAUCUCACAAGAUGGAUUGUUUCACAGAAGCUUGUGCAUUUUUUGUAACUAAGGACAGAUUUAGUUGUUUGUAAUGCAAAGCUAAUCCUUGGUUGUUCUAUUUCAAAUUACCAGCUUUAGCAGUUUUAAUAUUGUAGUGCUGGCACCUUAUAUUUCAUCACAAUAUUUUUUAAACUACCAUAUGCAUAAAUAUGUUUUAGCAUAUUGUAUGUAUGUUUAGGUGUUGUAUGUACUCUUUUUCAUCCUUGGGCCAUACGUAUUUUCUGGAUUAAGCAUAUGAUAACAUGCUUUCCUAGCAUGUUUUAGAAAUAUAUGUUUAUGAAUUGUUCUUUGUGUUUUGAGAGUGAUAAAAAAUUACAGAUAAGAAUUAAA